CCCACCAUGUCUUUCCAAACCAACCACAGUGGUGCCAGCUACAGAAAUUUUAGCACUUCUUCAUUGCCAAGAAAUGUAAGUAGGCAAAGCGUUUGCUCUUCAAGGCUUGUCAGCGGAGGUUCAAGAAUACAACCACAUUACAGCAGAAGUGCUUACAAUGUUGGUUCUGGAAGAGCUCAGAAGAUUUCAGUUGCAACUCACAACACUGGAAUGAGCGGAUAUGGUGGUGCUGGUUUUGGCGCUGGUUUUGGAUCUGGUAUGGGAUCUGGAGGUCGCUUUGGUGGUUCCAGCUUUGGUCAAGGUGGCUUUGGAGGUGCUGGCUUUGGAAGUGUUGGCUUUGGUGGAGCUGGUUUUUGUGGAGCACAUGGAGGAAUCACAAAUGUUACUGUUAAUGAAAGCCUCCUGGCACCCCUCAAUUUGGAAAUUGAUCCCAAUAUUCAGCGAAUGAGGAAAGAAGAGAAAGAACAAAUAAAAACCCUGAACAACAAAUUUGCUUCUUUCAUUGACAAGGUUAGAUUCUUAGAACAGCAGAAUAAGAUGCUGGAGACAAAAUGGGCUUUCCUGCAAAACCAAAAGACAGUGAAAAGUAACAUUGAACCACUUUUUGAAUCCUACAUUAACAAUUUUAGAAGGCAACUGGACUGUUUGGACAAUGAAAAGUCACGUUUGGAAGGAGAGAAAAAGAACAUGGAGGAUUUAGUAGAGGAAUUUAAAAGAAAAUAUGAAGAUGAACUUCGUAAGCGUACAGCUGCAGAAAAUGAAUUUGUGGUACUUAAAAAGGAUGUUGAUGCAGCUUUUAUGAACAAGACUGAACUGCAGGCAAAGGCUGACUCUCUCAAUGAUGAACUCGACUUCUUAAGGACAGUGUAUGAUAUGGAAAUUUGUCAGCUGCAGUCUCAGAUCUCAGACACCUCUGUCAUUGUGUCCAUGGACAACAGCCGUGACCUGGAUAUGGAUGGCAUUAUCUCUGAGAUUAAAGCUCAGUACCAGGAGAUUGCUAACAAAAGCAGAGUUGAAGCAGAAUCCUGGUACCAGUCCAAAUAUGAAGAGCUGAAGACUACAGCAGGAAAACAUGGUGAUAACCUGCGCAGCACAAAGAAUGAAAUAUCUGAUCUCAAUAGAGGUGUCCAAAGACUUAAAACAGAAAUUGAAAAUGCUAAAGCUCAGAGAGCAAAACUAGAAUCUGCUAUAGCACAAGCUGAGGAACGUGGUGAGAUGGCUCUUAAGGAUGGAAAAAAUAAAUUGGCUGAUCUGGAAGAAGCAUUACAGAAGGUCAAGCAGGACAUGGCUCGGCAGCUGAAGGAAUAUCAAGAACUUAUGAACACCAAAUUGGCUCUGGAUCUUGAAAUUGCUGCCUACAAGAAACUUCUGGAAGGAGAAGAGUGCCGGCUUUCUGGAGAAUGUGCAGGAUCCGUUAAGAUCUCUGUUGUGUCAUCCAGCAUGGGAGGAUCCAUCAGUAAUGCAGGUGGCUUCUACGGUGACAGUGGAAUGAGUUCUGGAGCUGGUUUCGGUGGAGCAAGUGUCAUCGGUCGAGGUGUGGGCGGUAGCCGCUUCAUUAGCUCAGGUGGUGUGAGCUGCAGCAGUGGUACUGCUAAUAGGGGGUUUAGCUCUGGUACAGGAUACACUGGAGGAACCUCCUCAAGCCAGGGCACUAUAACAAGAUCCACCAGCUCAUCAUGUUCAAGGAGGAUGUAA